AUGCUCCCAUCGCCUCCCGUAGUGGAAUAUGACGUCCGGUCUGGUGCGCGAGAGGACUGCUUAUCAGUCGAUAACCCGCUGGAAGCUCUUGCCUGCACGGAUCCGCCUGCCUACAGCUCCACGCACUGGCUCCUGGAAGAUGACUUCGAUUUCACCGUCUUCGAGCACCUGGGCUUCAGCAAUGCACUUGAAUCACAGCCCGUCUGCCAUGACAACGUCUCGGGGCCACCUUUUGGCCAGGCACCCGAGAAACCGGAACAACAGCCGGCUGUCUCUGAUCUUAGACGUCUCUGGUAUGUUCAAACUGCUGACGUUGACCCUGAAGCGAGUUCUGGCGCUGUCACUCCUGCAACCAAGGCCACCGCAUCUCUAGAGGAUAUUGACGAAGCAUACCGCGAUAAACUGGCGAGAACAUUGCGUCCUCCUAUACGUGAUGAACCCCUACCUUCGAUUGAGUUUUUGAAUCUUUGCAUCCACCUUUUCUUCACCAGGUUCAAUGUCGCUUUACCACUCAUCCAUGGCCCUACUUUUCGUCCGCAAAACAGCAACGCCUUAUUGGUCCUCUCGAUAUGCUCGGCCGGAUGUCUGUCAUUGGGAUCCGAGAUGGCUUCGAAGAUUGGCUCCAUGCUUUUUGAACGAGUAAACAAGACCAUCUUAGUUGCACCUUGGGAGAGAGCUCUUCCCCGAAGUAAUGACCACACGUGGAACAUUGCUAAGGCGGCCAUGAUCGGUCAGACUUAUGCACUUACUUCUGCGGAUACUGCACAUCGCACUACGGCUGCUGCAUAUCACGGAUCGAUGAUUUCUCUCGCUCGGCACCACAAGCUGUUCAGCCGUGCACCUCCCUUUCGCCUCGCUGAUGACCUUUCCGCCGAACUACUUGACAAGGCAUGGAGAUCAUGGGUGAAGCAGGAGGAGUUGAGAAGAGUCGCUGUGUUACUAUACAUACACGACGCCGAAAUUGCGGCACUAUUUCACCACGAACCCACCUUUCGUCACAAUGCCGGCUUUAUUCCCGCAGUGUGUUCGCAAGAGCUGUUCUCGGCUCCCACAGCAGCCAUCUGGGCAUCGUUGUUUCGGGCUGAGGCGCGCGCAGCACAGUUCCACAGUGGACAUUGCAAGACUGGAAUUCUAGACCAAGCGGGCACUGCAGAUGUUGGAGCCCGCACCCAGUCGAUUGGCACAGUGCGGACAGGCUUGAGUAACCAGAGUAUGUUCAAUGUUUACAACUCGCUCUGCGGUAUUGCAGCAUCAAUCUGCGAGUGCUGGCAUUUGGAUCUCCUUUCUUCCACCAUGGUCAAUAAGUUCGAGUCGGACCUCCUCACCUGGUAUGCGUCUUCUCCUAAAGCUUUCAAAGCGUCCAACGACCACGGCAAACAGACAGAAAGCCCCUUCAGCUUGCUCCCGCUCUGGCACUACACCUUUAUCGCCUUGAGCACCAAUCUUGAUCUUUUGGAGCUAGCGGUCGGUCGGGAAGGGACGGAUAUUGCCUCGUCAACAAGUGAAUAUGUACGGUCUUGGAUCGCAUCAUCCGAUUCCAAAAGGUGCCUACUCCAUGCGCUAUUUCUACAAAAUCUGAUGGUGUCCACGAACAUCGGUGCUCUUGUCGCCCUUCACACGCCCAGAAUUCUAUUUUCGGCCGCUCUUUGUUGGUACUGCUACAUGCUAUACCGGCCAGACAGCUCUCCACAGUCGGCGCGCAGCUUCCCAGACCUGGUACUUGAACCAUUGAACUCACUUCCAGAAAUCCAACUCCUGCGGGAGAGCCGCAGCUCGAGAUCGGCCAACGUCUACCCGGUUCCCAACAUCUUUGAUCAGACUCUCUCCACCCUGCCGCAACUCCUAGGGGCCAAUUCGGCUGGAAUGCAAGCCAGCACCCUCUGUGUUAUUGAGAGCAUGCUUCGACGACUGGGCAUGGCUGGCAUCUCCCUUCGUUUCGCCGACAUCAUACAAGCUUUCAUAUUUGGGGAUGUUGAUUAG